GAACGGGAAACGAAUUCCGCGUCGAACAUGGUUCUUGAGCGUGGAUGUCGCAACGAGCAUCGAGAGUUCAAAGUCAAACGAUCGGAACUAAAAUUAGUAAACGGUAGUUGAAAAUAGCGGCAACUAAAUUUUAUGCGAGCUCCAUUUAUCAUCGAACAUACGGUUCAUUCAUGAAUGCUAUCGCACGUUAGUUGGAGGCUCGGUAAUUCCAGAAAUUCUCACAAUACUGUUUCACUCACGUGCUACUCGCGAUUACUCGAGCCACUAUCGCUUUCUAUCACGCGUGACUCGUUGCAACAUCCCGACUCGUGUUCUUAGAGCCUCUGUAACUUUCCAUUGUACACCAGCCUGCCACGUAUAAUUUUGCAAACGAAUCCUAACCUUCCGUUCCGUAUUACGAAGUCAAUCUUAUAUCGCAAAAUUUACAGAAUGAAAGUUUCAGGUUGCAGCGACAUGCAUCUCGAAGAUUACCACGCGAACAGAAACGAGGAGAACGUGCAACGGGCGGUUUCCAAGAACAUGAAACAGGAGGCUUUUAACAGUUUGCACCUAGCACCUAUCGCGACCAUAAACACCAGCGAUCAAUCCUGUUGGAUCGCUUCUCACGCAGACAGCGUCUCCUCUCCCGUAUUGCCAAACAAUUUCAGUCCCAGAGAGUACACGGACUGGGAGCAACUCACGACCGUCUUCCAGUAUCCCUGUCAACCGUACUCGUCCACAGACAGGUCACCGGUAAGCGCAGGUAGUGAAACUACCACGCCAACCUGGAACAACGUCGUUCGCAGCGAAGCAUCGGACUGUUCCAAUAGCCAAAGAUUACCUUCCGUUGGUUCUGCCUUUUCUUUCUCGAGAACUUUCUGCAAUACGAUCUAUCCAGAGUACCAGGGAUAUCAGGAUUACCAAGAGUAUCAGGACGACGUAUCUUUGGCCUCUUUGCCUCUCGUCCUUCAUAAUCAAACGGAAGAUCAGGUGUUCAAUGGUUCCAUGCAGGCAGCCACGGAUGAAUUCGAUCUCAGUUUAAUCAGAGGCGAUCCUACGUCGUUGUUAAACAACGUGGAAUCUCCUUCUUCACCGUCGUCCACGUACCUGGAAGAGCUUCAGGAUCCGUUUUCUAACCUGACUGGAUCCUGCUACCCGGUUGGACACUUGGUCUCCGGGCAGCAAACCUGCGUUUCCACUAUGAAUUUUGUCAACGAUACUGGAUUGAACGAUGGAUUUGCGAAUCAAGUUGUUCUGCCCAGGAACGAAGGAUUGUUGCUGACUGACAGAAGAGUACCGGUGUCCAAGCCUGCGAGCGAUACGGAGGCCCGAAGCAAAUCUUUCGACUGUUCAACGACAGACGACAACUUGACGUCGACGUAUCAGUGCCGAUGGAUAGACUGUGGCUGCGCUUUCGCCGAACAAGAGGGUCUGGUGCGACAUAUCGAAAGAAGACACGUCGAAUCCUCGUCGUCGAACGCGCAUGGACACGGAAGACGAGUUCAAAGGGACAGAGACAAGGAUAAAGACAAAGAGGGAGAGGGUUACACCGGUUCCGUGAGCGGCCAGGACGAAUUCGCUUGCCUUUGGCAAGGAUGUCCGCGUGCUCGACCUUUCAACGCCAGAUACAAGCUACUGAUUCAUAUGAGGGUCCAUAGCGGAGAAAAGCCCAAUAAGUGUCCGUUCACCGGAUGCAAGAAGGCGUUUUCACGAUUGGAGAACCUGAAGAUUCACCAAAGAUCUCACACGGGAGAAAGGCCAUACGCCUGUCAGCAUCGCGGUUGCUCCAAAGCGUUCAGUAACAGCAGCGAUCGCGCGAAACACCAGAGGACUCAUUACGACACGAAACCGUACGCGUGUCAGGUUAGCGGAUGCGGGAAAAGGUACACAGACCCGUCGAGUCUCAGGAAACACGUGAAAAAUCACUCGGAACCAACAACGCCGUUGUCCAACUUGUCAUUGACAUCGGAUAGCAAGGCUUCAGGUAACGUGACUAAAAGUUCAAGCAACUCGCGGCACGAUCCGAUUUCUACCAGUUCGAGGCAACAGCAACAACAAGCACGAACGUCGAUCGUUUACACCACGGAAUCGAAUUAUCGAACGUAUAAGACUUCGGAGUCUUACGCGGACGAGGACGCGGACCUGUUCCAAACGAAUCUAUGUCAGGACGAUAGGAUUUCCAUGAACCUUGACAGCAAUCAAGAGUACGUGCCGAUCGAAUCUGUGAAGCGCUUUCUCAUCGACGAUGUCAGCGCGUCUGGAUCGCACGUGGACGGCACAGGGUACCAGGUCGAGGAUGAAAUGCCUGACUUUCAAGAGCUCGGAUCCGACAUCGAACAACAAUUUCUCGAGCUAAGCAGUCUCGAUGACGCGGUUUUCAUCGACGGUUGAGAAGCAUGUUUAUUAUAGGAGGAGGAUCGAAGAAGACUUCGCGGCAAACGCGCCAUAUUUCCAAAGACUUGUUUCCAUUUCUUUUUGUACUCGAUUUUUAUACACUUUCGCUCGAUUAGAUAAAUUUCAUCGACAGAUAUAUUUUUGUACAUAGACGAUUGUAUAUAUCGUUAAAUAUACGAUUUUCAUUAUUA